GGGCUGCCGCGGGGCGUUGUGGGAAGGGGUCAAGCCACACACUUUUCAGCGGCCUAGAAGGUGUAUUUCUGUCCCUAGUAACCUUGCUGCGAUGUGGUUCGAAAUUCUUCCCGGGAUUGCUGUCAUGGGCGUGUGCUUACUCCUCCCCGGAAUUGCCACUGCACACAUCCACAGGUUCAGUAAUGGGGGCAAGGAAAAAAGAGUUGCCUAUUUUCCUUAUCAGUGGACUUUGAUGGAAAGAGAUAGGCGCGUCUCUGGGGUUAAUCGCCACCAUGUGUCAAAGGGUUUGGAGAACAUUGAUUAAGGAAGCAUUUUCCUGAUUGAUGAAAAAUAACUGAGUUAUGCUCAUCUACCCCUUCUAGAAGGUUAUGUGGUGUAUUAUGUAGCAUGCAGUAUAUUAUGUAGUGUGUAAUAAACAUUAAAAAAUAAAAUCAAA